CUAUUUCGGUACCUCGCAGAUAGGCGAGAGCUUACUAGUAGUAGUACUAGUACUAGUACUAGUAGUAUACCAGGUAUACCCCGGAAAGGCUCCACUUAAGAUCUUCGCAUCCUUUGGGUUUGAUAUGGAAAUCUCAGAUUGCAGAUUUAAGAGGGAAAACAUACAGUGGAAGUAAACAUAGGGAGGGCCACGCUAAUCCCUAUAGAGAAGAUCGACAGACUUUCUUUUUCAACAAUCGAAACAAACAUCCGAGUUUAUUUACUGCCAACCCUGACAUCUAUAUUGUGACCUCAACAUCAGUCAGUCACCAAUUUCUUCCUUUUCUUCCACUCCAACCCCCCCUUCAUUCACCACGAAUUAACAAAUAAACAAUGGGACCAACCAUCUUAACCCUUAAUUCCCUCCCGCCCCUCCAGGAUCUCCUCCACCCGACCCCAGAAACAUACUCCCAAAUCCUCACCAUCUGGCAAUACUUCGCCGGCUUCACAAUAGUCCUAUGGCUAACCACCUGGUUCCCAAUGGGUAAAACAUCCCUAAAAUCCUCCAUCUUCAAUGUCCCCGGCCGCCUCGCCUGGACCUCCAUGGAACUCAUAGCGCCCCUAAACCUCAUCUACGUGAUGAAAGCCCUCGUCGCAAAACUCAACACGGACCUCACGUCCCUACCGCUCCCGAAUCAGAUCAUCGCCGCGCUGUAUCUCAUCCACUAUGCCAAUCGCGCCGUCAUCUCCCCGCUGUUCGCGGCCCCGAGCAUGUCCCCCAUCCAUGCUCUUAUCGCCGUCAGCGGUCUAGCGUUCAACUGGAUUAAUUCGACUUGUCUUGCUGCGUGGCUGGUGGGGUACCAUGUCCCUGUUACCGGGUAUCGAACGGAUGAGUUUGGUGGUCUGGGUGAUGGUACCAGACCAGCGAUCUCAGAUUAUCUCCCCUACAUAGGAUUCAUCCUCUUUUUCGUCGGGAUGACAGGGAACAUCAUCUCCGAACGAACAUUCUUCCGACUCCGCCGCGAAGAAGCAAACAAACUGUACACUCAGAAAGACCAUUCAAAGAAUCCCGGGAACAAGUACUCCAAGGUCUACGUCAUCCCGCCCGCAAAGGGCCUUUUUCGAUUCAUCCUCUACCCGCAUUACGUCUUUGAAUGGCUCGAGUGGACUGGUUUCAUCCUCGUGGGUACGGCGGUGUAUCCUGCGUCUGGUGCGGUUGGACCUGAUAUGAGACUUGUGCCGUGGUUGCGCCCUGCGGCUGCAUUGGCGGAGAGGCUGCGGGUGCCGUUGCCGUUGCCGGCGGUCGUUUUUGUGGUGAAUGUUGUGACUUCGAUGGUGCCUCAGGCGAGGUUGGGGAAGAGGUGGUAUUUGGGCCGGUUUGGGAAGGACAAGGUUGCUGGGAGGGGCGCGGUAGUGCCUUUUUUGGGAUGGUUGUAGUUUAGAUCUAUGAUUUGAUUACUGCUGGUUCUUAUACAGGACUGAAUAUACUACGUAAUAGCUUCUUUAAAGUUGGGUGCAAUCAGUUAUCAGGUGGUGUGAUAAAAGUAGAAAGAGAAGUAAAAAUC